AUGUCUUUGUUUCUGUUACUCCUGUUUCCCUUCACAGUGACUGAACAGCAGCAGAACUAUCAGCUGAAGUUUCAGUGCUCUGUGUCCACAUUUGGACCGUGUCUACAGACGGUGAGGUGGCUGUGUGGGGAGGAAAGGUUGGAUCAAAGUAAAAUAUCAGCGUCUCCCUGCGACACCACUGUGACCCUUCAGAAGAAUCACUGUGACAAAGAAAGACUGAAGUGUCAAGUUUCUGAUCCCACAGGAAAAAUGCAGACGUUUGACUUCACCACUCUGACCUCAGUUCCACAUUACAGUUACAGGUUUCAGUGUAAGUGGUUUUUAGUGUUUGGUGCUAUUCUGCUCAGCUGCCUGAAUGAUUUUAACUUUUUCAAUCUCUCUCAAGCUCCAUUCAUCGCAGUGGGUGUGGUUUCAGCAGCUCUUUUAAUAACUGUGGCUGUGCUCAUCGUAUACUGUAAGAGAGCUAAAGGGAACAAAACAGCAACAGAGAACAACGUGGGUCUGACCUUAAUCAGUGAUGCUGAAGGAGGAGUGAAGCAGUCUGGACCAGCAGACAGUCAGGACAAGGCCAAUCCAGACACUCUCACCUACGCCUCCAUCAGUCACUCUGAGAAGGAGGGCAAGAAAGCCAGAAAAGCAAAGGUCCGGUGUACUGAUGAUGAUGACAGUGCAGUGACCUAUGCCACCGUGAGACCGUCCUCUGCCUCUGCUGUAGCCUCAGCUGAUCUCAACCUCUACGCCACCAUCAACAAGCCUGCUAAAUAAGACAGCACUGCAGAUAUCUGUUGUUUUAUAUGACCAACUUUAUUCACUGAAGCCUUCACAUGAACAACC